AUGGCUCCUGGAGGGAACCAGAGCAGUGGUGUGACAGAGUUUGUCCUGGCAGGUUUCCCAAAUCUCAAUGACACAAAGGUGGAACUAUUCUCCAUCUUCUUUCUGGUCUAUUUGCUAACGCUCACCGGAAAUGUGCUGAUCGUUGGGGUGGUCGGAGCUGAUGCCCGCCUUCAGACUCCCAUGUACUUCUUCCUGGGGAACCUGUCCUGCCUAGAGAUUCUGCUCACUUCCGUCAUCAUCCCCAAGAUGCUGAGCAAUUUCCUCUCAAGGCAGCACACCAUUUCCUUUGCUGCUUGUAUUACCCAGUUCUAUUUUUAUUUUUUUCUUGGGGCCUCUGAGUUCCUGCUGCUGGCCGUCAUGUCUGUGGACCGCUACCUGGCCAUCUGUCAUCCUCUGCACUACCCCUUGCUUAUGAAUGGCAUGGUGUGCUUUUGGGUGGCUUUGGCCUGCUGGCUGGGGGGACUCCUCCCUGUGCUUGGCCCCACUGUGGCUGUGGCCUUGCUGCCUUUCUGUGGGCAGGAUACUGUCGUGCAACACUUCUUCUGUGACAGCGGCCCACUGCUCCGCCUGGCAUGCACCAACACCAAGAAGCUGGAGGAAACUGACUUUGUUCUGGCCACUGUUGUGAUUGUGUCCUCGCUGAUGAUCACUGCUGUGUCCUACGCUCACAUUGCCCUGGCGGUUCUGCGCAUCCCUUCUGCUGCAGGCCGUCAGAAAGCCUUUUCCACCUGUACCUCCCACUUGAUGGUAGUGACCCUCUUCUAUGGAAGCGCCAUUUUUCUCUAUGUACGGCCGUCACAGAGUGGCUCUGUGGAUACUAACUGGGCAGUGACAGUGGUCACAACAUUUGUGACACCUCUUCUAAAUCCAUUCAUCUAUGCUUUACGCAACGAGCGUGUCAAGGAAGUCUUGAAAGACAUAUUUAGGAAGGUGGCAACUGGCUUCUGGGCAGAUCUUCUACUUACUCAAAGUUUCAAUAAGAAAACAAUGAGGUGA